AUGGCGCUCGUGAUGCAGCAAGUUAACAUACAGGAGCCUCUGAAGGAUCCUCCUGUGAAUGUGUUUAAGUCUUCACCGGCCUUAGAGAGUGCCAUCAAGAAAAUGGUCGAAAAUCCCUCGCUUUUACAGAAUUUUCUUCGGAUGUUUGUAAAAACACCGAAGAUUCCUUCAAAAACAACGGCUCCACCCCCGCCUCCGCCUGCAAAAGUUGCUCGCAAUAAAUACAAUAGGAGUAUUACUCCAAUUAAUACUGAUUUUGAUAUUCCAGAUUUUGGUGAAAUGUCAGCAACUCCACCAGCUCAAGACUAUAGACCCAGCCGUAUUCUUACUCCAACAUGGGAUGCAGCUGAUAGUGAUUUUUCAAGCCAUUCGGCAAAAUCUUCAUCAAAAACUCAGUCAUACGAUUUGGUAUUAAUGCAUCAGAGCCUAGAAAUCCUUGAGAGUCGAAUGUUUACUGAUCCUAAUACCAAGUACUUUCAUUCGGGCCAACUCCUAGAUAUCGCUGAAUCAAAUCCACCAAAGCCACAGACUGAAACAGAGAGGAAGAAAAUUGAAAGAUACAAUACUAAGACUGUUCCGAAAAAGAUUCCAAAUACAUGGGUAAGAAGGCCAUGGGAUAAACCAGAAAUGGUUAUGACUGAAGCAGAAACACUUGACUUACAGCAAGCUAUAUUAAAUAAUUCUGUAGCUGCUAUGGAUCCACAAAAUUGGAAUCUUAACAAUAAAAAGAAAACCAGAAGAAAUCAUAUUUCACGUACAGAAAGCGACAACAGAUUUCAUAGAAAGAAAAAGACAAUACUUACACUUAGUAGCUUGUCUUAUGCUACAGAUUGUUCAGAUGAAGAAACAGAUUGGUCAGAUUUCGAUUUUUAA